UCGUCUGUUCAGGCCAUCAUGGCUUCAUCGGCCGGAGUCAUCAUCACCUCGAGCUGCAGGGACGUCAUGGAGGACAGACACUGGCUGACCGACGCCUACAUCCUGUUUGCGACGCCGUACUUCGCCUAUGACAUCUACGCCAUGUUCCUGUGUUACCACCACAAGCUGCAGGUCAAAGGUCACGAGGAGGCGGAGCCCGGUGGCGGCUCGAUGCGAGCGGCGGUGUGGGGUUACCUGCGCCAAGAGUAUCUCAUGGUGCUGCAUCACAUCUUCAUGGUGGCCUUCUGCUUCCCUGCAUCACUGCUGUGGAGGCAGGGUAAAGGCGAUUACUUCCAGGGCGUCUUGUUUCUGGCGGAGCUCAGCACACCGUCAGUGUCUCUGGGAAAAGUCCUGAUCCAGUAUAAGAAGCAACACACUCUGCUGCACAAAGUGAACGGAGUCGUCAUGAUGCUCACCUUCUUCGGCUGUCGGGUUUUACUCUUUCCCUACCUGUACUACGCCUACAGCAGGUAUGCGUCGCUGCCGUUGCUGGCGGUUCCCCUGGUGGCCCCCUGGCAGUGCAACCUGGGGGCCGCUCUGCUGUGGCCCCUGCAGCUCUACUGGUUCGCUCUGAUCUGCAGAGGAGCCUUCAGGCUGUUCAGACGCUCUGCUUUAAAACCUGAAGGCAGCACGACCAAUCAAACGGACCGACACUGA